AUGCGCACACCAUAUUCUUCUGCAACAAGUCUGGCGGAUAGGGCCGUCUCACCGUCGCAGUGUUUAUACCCUCGCACGACUGCCAGGCAAAUCCACCCACUGGUACUUUCUCCAAUGACACCGGUGGACCAAAAAACGAUGUCACCACAUUGCCCCGAGUCGCCUCAAUCCCUGCAGAGCGGAAGUCCCGAGUCAGAGGGAAUUGGCAGGACGGAGCCGCAGUCAUUGCUGCCGACGUUUUUGGCUGCGGAUUUUGAUGUCGUCGAUGUUUCCGCACGAUUGGAGAAUGAGUUUUUUAGUGCUGCUCAGUCCGCCGAGUUGAAUGGUAGCAGAAGCCGUCAUCUACAGGAGACGAUAAAUCGCCAUGAGAACUGCUCGUCAGCAGAAAAAUUAUUUCAUCGUAACGGUAGCUGCUGCCGUGUGGAUGUCACUGAGGAGAUGACGCAAGUGUUCCAGGAACCGAUGACGCCGCUGCGCGAGGCAUCUUCACUUAUUGAGGAGAACCGCGAGGGCCAAGAUGACGCCGAGGCCGAUCGUGCUUCCAAUUCCCCUUCCUCCGUGCAUACUCCGCCUGAGAACAUCAUUCGUUCUUCGUUGAUGCUGACGCCGCCGUGGACGCCCGUUCUUGCAACUCCACGGAAAUCUGCCAAACGACCCUCACCGCAAACCUUCACGCCGUCAGCGCACCGGCGCGGUGUGUCGUCACAUAAUUUAAGUAUGGAAUCGCGGGAAGUCUGUGGUGUGCUGCCGCACAUAACUCAUGCAGAUUACCUCCCACCCAAUAGAAACCCGUGUUCACCGUAUCUGGAGUAUGCGGAUGAGAGACAGCUCCUGGUGCAGCUUCGCAUGGAGGAAGAGGAGGAAGAAGAGGAGAUGGAUGGUGGUUUGAUUUCUAUAACAGAUGGGAUGCUGCAACGUGCGGAUGCAUUUGCCAUUCUGCUUGAACAAACUGUUCCUAUCGCCAGUGCGGUGCGAACAGAAAGGUGUUGGUCUCCGUUGUUGCAUAAAUCAGGAAAAGGUGGUGGGGGCGCGAAUACAUUUCCCAAUGAGGUGCGCGAAGAAAAUGAUAUCACAGGCCUUUCUCCUGUUUUAGUGGAAAUGGACUCGGCUAUGCGAAGAAAUGCGUCUACGGCAGUGGAGACAGGCGACGUUAGUUCAGGGAAUCAUUUUUUGGACUUUUGUGGAUUUUCUGACGACGGGACGAGUUUAGGGACUAUGCAGAAUGAGACGCCGCAUCGUUUGUCUCGUGAAGCCGAGGAUGUGGCAUGUGAUGCGUCCACACGCAACCUUACAGAUGGCCAGACAUCUUUUGAAACGCUUCCAAAUAAACUGCUAUGUACACGUGUUUUUUAUGACCGGCGCGGCCAGGUGGGGGAGCAGACAUCUCCUCCUUCAAACUCCCCAUGUAUAUUGCACAAUGCGGCACAAUGGGACCGUACUGUUGGUAUGCAUGUCUCAAGGAAUAGGAUCCAUGAAACGGGUCUUUCUUUUCAACCGUCGCUCUUGUCCUCCUCUUUAUCGAUCCGCGGAGAUUCUCAGACCUGCUUUUCUGCAGACAAUUCAGGAGACCUUCCGAGUCAAUUGCAAUUGCGCAAUUGUUUGUCCGUGCAUUUCCCAGUUAAAUUUGAUUUCCCCACUGCGGGAUACCCAGUGAGUGAUGCGGAGGACGAGAUACCGAGAGGACAUGUCAAUUCCAAAGAGGAAGA